GUUCGUGAACCUAAGCGCCUGUGUCCCCGAACCUUCUUCUUGUUAUUGUCGUUUACUUUCAUUUACUUUAUUUUCUUGUGUGGAAAAAUUUGAACAAAAUAGGGAUCAAAAUGUCGGCCCGUCGCGCCACCCACGCUGGCAGUUGGUACACGGAUUCUGCCGCAGAUUUGGCGCGACAGUUGGAAGGAUGGUUAGGACAAGCAGAUCUCUCACAUGGUCCUGCACGUGCCAUCAUAGCCCCACAUGCAGGGUAUCAGUAUAGUGGAGCUGUUGGUGCUCAUGCCUACAGACAAGUCUCACCAGUUGUAGUAAAAAGAGUUUUUAUAUUGGGUCCUUCACAUCAUGUACGCUUGUCAGGAUGCGCCCUGUCCUCUUUAACGAAAUAUAGGACGCCAUUGUAUGACUUAAUUGUAGAUCAGCAAGUGUACAAUGAGUUAUACCAUACGGGGCAUUUUGAGACCAUGAGUGUUUCAGCUGAUGAAGAUGAACACAGCAUUGAAAUGCAUCUCCCGUAUGUUGCAAAAGUCAUGGAAGACUUCAGGGAUAAUUUUACUAUUGUGCCCAUCCUAGUAGGAUCCCUGACACCAGAGAGAGAAAUUCUCUACGGACGUAUCCUAGCGCCUUAUUUGGCGGAUCCUCAAAGCUUAUUUGUGAUAUCUUCUGAUUUCUGCCACUGGGGACAGCGCUUCCGAUACACUUAUUAUGACCGCUCAGUGGGAGAGAUUUGGCAAUCGAUACAAAAAUUAGACAAACAAGGAAUGAACCUAAUUGAGACAUUAAACCCGAGUGCCUUUAGCGAGUACCUGAAAAAGUAUGGCAACACCAUUUGUGGUCGACACCCUAUUGGCGUCUUGCUCAAUGCGGUUGCAACUCUGCAGAAGACAACCAACGGCCAUCGCAUGUUGCUCAAAUUUUUGCAAUAUGCCCAAUCAUCUCGCUGCUAUACUUCCUCUGAUUCUUCUGUAUCAUAUGCUGCUGCCUCUCUUAUAUUUGAGUAAACCUUAGGUGCCUGCCGAUGAGGUGUGUUUGUAGGAAAAGUCAAAGGGGCCUCGGUGUGCAUUCUGAAUAUUGGAAGUGAUGCUCAUUCAAGAAAAUCAUUCAUUGCAGAAGGGUAGACUGGCCAAGUUGUGUUUCCCAAAACUAAAUUUUCAAGGAAAGCUAAUUCAAAUGAUAUUUUUAAAAGCAUUACCUAGCCCGUAAUGUACCCUACAGUGCACUUUUGUCCCAGGCCAAGGGGGUUUGUUGCCUAUUAGGCAAAAUGAAUAAGAGUGAGACAUCUUCAACUACUCAAACUUAUGACCAGUUGUCAAUCUUGAGACAUCACAAAUGUCUUUCAGUGUUGGUGGGAUUUUCUUCUGCCGUUGCUGAGGUUCAGUCAUGGCUAAAGGUUGCUAAUUGAGUCAGACAUUUUUGUUUCAGUGAUUUGACACUCAGGGCCAUUUUAUAACACGUGCUUGUAAUAAAAGAUAUGUGUGUAGGUUAUUAUUUGGCUUCAGAUAACCAACUUUUCUCAAUAUUCAGCCACAUAGCCCCACAAAUGUUAUUAUAACAACUUUACAGCAGAGAUUUUUUAAAAAGAAUUUUCCUUUCAGUGGGAUCUAGCUUAUUUGUAGCCUCAGAUCUGUGUUAAUUUCAAAGGAAAACAUAUUCUUUUAUUCCAUUUUUUGUAUCCUGGAUAUUUUAUUUUAAAAGGAGGUAAUUCAGAAUGUUUUUGUGAUCCUUUUGUAUGAGAUUAAUCUUUGGUUUGAUGUUUCACUGUAGUAGUUUUGUUAUGACGCUGAUCUCAGUUGAAGUUAAGGGUGUCUGUUUCUCAAACUUUUAGCCUGGUAUUCAAGGGUGUAUUGGUAUUACGUAUAUGAAUAUAUAUUUAUGUAUAGUCAGCACCACAAAACUGAAAAAGGCUUCAUCUUUUGUUAUGUUAUAUACUUCUUUCCCGUAUAUAUUGGUUUGAUGGCUGAAAUCAUAGAUAUUGUACAGUUGUAAUAUUAAGCCAGCAUUAAAGACUCCAGUGAUAACUCACAAAUGUGAUGCGCCGCAGGUUUUUAUUGGCUAUCAAUCACAUUUGAUUGAGUUUUGAUAAUGCAAACACAAAUAUCAAGGGACAUUCUACUAAAAAACAAAAUAAAAAAGCUUUUGUUAACAUAUGCACUUGCAUUAUUAAUAUUGGUUAUUGCAGUAUUUAUAAUGUCAGCUUGAUAUGUUUAGAAAUACAAUAAUCUACAAAUCAAUCUCAUUAGUUUAUGGAAUGUAUUUAGUUGCAUGAUUUUUAUUGUAUUUGUUUAGAUUUACUCAUACAUACAUUUAUAUAUGAUACGAUUCUCAUAAUUUAUGGAAUACCAAAUAAUAUAAUUUGCUUUUAAGUGCUUGUGUUGCAGGAAGGCAGUAGUAGUGUUGUAAGAAGUAUAAGCAGUGAAAUUCAUCCAUAUCCUUGAAAUAUAUUCGUUCUUGUUACUUUGAAGAACCACCUGCAUUAGAAUACCAGCCAUAGGUUUAGAUAUUUAUACUGAAACUGUACAAUGAAUAAUCAUCAUGGUCUGCGAAUAUCAAGAGAAAAUUGCAGCAGCUAGAUCAUCAGUACAUAACCCCAGUUUAACCUUACGAUAAGUUAAAUAUUAUCCUGAACUUAAUGCAUCAAAAAGAUAGAAUUUUUAAAUUCUUCAGGCCUUAUCCAAGUGGCUCUCUCUCUCUCUCUCUCUCUCUCUCUCUCUCUCUCUCUCUCUCUCUCUCUUUCACAUUAUUAUUAUUCAAAAGAUGAACCCUAUUCAUACAGAGCGAGCCCACAGGGGCAUUGACUUAAAAUUCAGGCUUCCAGAGAAUAUGGUGGUCAUUUGAAAGAAAUAACAGGAAGUAAUAGGAAAUAUAUGGGAAGUAUGUUCUAAGCUUUGUUCAGUUUAUUGGCAUAGAGGACAGCUGCUUUUUCUUGUAAUGAUACAUGUAACAUCAACUGCAAAUGAUGUGGUAAUUUUUCUUAUCAAUUAAGUAAUUGCAAGAUAGUGUUCAUUUUUCAUACCAUUUAAGUAAUUGCAAGAUCACAAAUGUUAGUUAUUGCUCCUAGAUAUUCAAUUACAAGUCAUUUAACCUUGGGAUAUUUUCAUUUCAUCACAAAACUUCCUUGUCUUUUGACAAUUGUCCCAUCUACCUAAUCUUUAGAUUUGUAGAAAUAAUUAGAGCUGUAAAACACAAUAGAGCUUUGAAAGAUCUGAUAUAACUCUCUCUCUCUCUCUCUCUCUCUCUCUCUCUCUCUCUCUCUCUCUCUCUCUCUCUCUCUCUCUCUCUCUCUCUCUCUCUCUCUCUCUCUCUCUCUCUCUCUUCUUUGGUUAUCAUAUAGGUAUUAUAAUGUGAACAUUAAAUGUAGGAGAUGCAUUAAUACAAGGUGUAUAUUUAACUAAUCCCCUAACGAGUAUAUUUCAAAAGCUCAAAUUGUUUCAUCAUAUUGUUAUAAUUAUUUUCUAGUUGAAAAGUAUAAGGAACCUUAGAAAUGUCUCAUUGGGUCGAUUUGUUUUUGUUUCAAUUGUCAGCAUUUUAUAUGUUGCCAGUUGUGAAAAAUGUGAUAUAAACUUGUUACUUUUUUAAAUAUUAUAGAUGCCAAUUGAUAUUCUUUCGGAAUUUGAACCCCUUUCAGCAGAUUACUUGAAGGUGUACGUAAUUGCUUUACCUGUGUCUAUGCAAUUAAGCUUUUACUGAAAUUUCUAUAUACUUUAUGGGUAAGCUACCUUUUAAUAGUUUGGAACGUACAAGUCGUAAGUCGUGAAAUUAAAUAGGUUGGCUUCAUUGUUUUUGUGUUCAUUAUUUUUUGGCCAGUUUUAUGCUUUAGAUUCAUUAGCUUGUAAUUGGAACAAUACUAUUAUGUUUUUGGGAAAGAAGUGUGAGAAUCCUAUUAAAUCUGGGCCUGGACAAUGAAGAGGGAUUUACAGUAUAAUGAUGCUUAUUAACUGACAUCUUUUAGCAUUAAAGGAUCCUUCAUGAUUCUUCUUUUGAUCAGAUUUACUAUGUAUCAUUUCUGUAAGCUUUGUGUAUUAUUAAUGAAGCAAGAGAUAAGUGCAGUUUUUAGCGACUGGGAACUGGAGAUAUUUAAAUGCCAUGCCAUUGGUCUUUGAUAGCAGUCGCAGCUCUGUGAUGUCGUAACUCCCUCUUGAUUAUCCAUACCUGGAUUUUCUUAGUUAGGACUCGCAUUUAGACACAGGCAAACAUAUGAAAGAAGUGUGAAAUUGUAUUCCAAAUUUUAAAGUUCUUCUGCUAAGAUUUACGACUAAGAAAGCUAACUUUGUCAUUGGAACAAGAUGUGAAACAUUGCUUAGAGAUGGAAAGGGGUGCUAGGUUAGGUUUUACAUUUUUAUACUAUUAUUGGUUGACCAUGGAAAUGGUAAUGAGAUUGUACUAGAUUAUGGAAAGCCUUAAUGUAUUUUGUGUGACUAGAGAAAUUGGUGGAUAAAAGAUCAUGAUCACACUUCCUGCAUGAUGUGUCUUGUAUUGAGAAGAUAAUUUUUGAAAUAUUGCAAGAUGAGUCCUUCAACCUUGGAAUACCUUCUUGUCAAUUGAUGCUCUUUGUUGCAUGAUAAUUUACUGCCGACCAGAUAAGCAUUAGAAGUAUUGCAAUAAAUAAAGUGGAAAAGUUAAUGGAGAGUUGAAAUUAUCAAUACAAAUUGAUGGGGUAUAUACUCUAAAGUUAUUUUAGUUUAGUUAAUUCUUGAAUAAUCCUAGUUGUACGUACAGUAUUUGAGAUUUUUCCUAAUUAAUGUGACUGAUAAAAUGGAGGUUCAUACUAAAAAUGAAACUUAGAAAGUUAAAGCUAUAAGGUAAUGCCAUCAAAUAUUAUUCACGUGAUUUGGAUUUGGGGGAGUUUGAGCAGUAUAUAAUAUGACUGCAAAACUUGUUUCCUUGAAAUUCACACACUGAGAUACACCAGGACUUGUGAUGCUGUUAACAUGGCUCUGUGCCUUACUAGACUAAUUGCCAAGAUCCCAAUAAUGGGUAAUAACUGGAAGUGCUCUCCUUUCAGCUAGUGAUUCCUUAGAGCAAUCUCUUUAAGAUUAUCUGCACAUUUUGUGAAAUGUUUAUUGUAACUCAAAAGGUAAUUGAUUGCUUAAAUAUGUAACUGAAAAAGUUGUUUACAACAUUGAAAAGGGAUCAGUUGGGCAGUUCCUUAAUUACUGUGAAGAGCUAAAGUAAGCAUUUCCCAUGGAAUGAACUAAACUUAUUUGACUUGAAUCUAGCAAUUUUUUUCUCUAUUUCUUUAUUCGGUAUUAGAUAUGCUUUGCCUAGCUGAUGUUUGAUAUUUUUACUAUUAUUUUGCUCAUUUGUAGAUGAACUGCAGCAAUAGAUUCAUUCAUCUUGGAUCAGUCAUUUAGUACAUUAAUUCAGCAUAGUUAUUUGGGUAUAAAGAGCCUGGCAGAAUGGGUCACAAAGUGCCCAUUUUACCCAUUUCUUUCAUAAAUCUACUUCUGUACUGCCAAAAUCAAACUCUCUGGUUGUGUCCCAUGUUUCUGAAACAAGUGCUAAAGCCUGGUGGCUUUUAUCUUCAUAGCAAUAAUAUCCAGAGUUAGUCACAGAAAGAUGUUUAUAUAAUAAGCAAGAAGAAAAGUCAAAUCAAAUGUUCUUAUUAGUAGGUAAAAAAAAGGUAAUUUGGAUCAACACUAAACAAGGAUGCAGGGUUAGUUACAGUUCCUAGAUUCAGUUGCUCCAUACCCUUGGCAUGGAACCUGUGGUCUGGUUAAACUACCUAAUAGUAAUAUUUAUUGCUGGGGACUGGGAAGGUUUUAGGUAAUAGUGUUUUUGGCUGUAAAUAUCAUAAACUACAUUCUAAAAGGGUUGAAGGAUAAGAGCUACAUUUGGCUCCCAUUUUGUGACAUGGUCUUGAUAGCAUUAUGCAGAAAUAAAGUAUUGAAAAUC